UGGACGUCCACUCCUCCGCGGCGCGGAAGCUAUUUAGUCUCGGGCCUUGCAGGUUUGUUUUUCUCUCCAUUUGGACUCAAGGCCUCUGUCGCAACCACGCUCUGCCUGAUCAUCGGUCAGGCCAAGAAGCAUUCUAGUUUGAUCCCCCUCUUUGUAUUUAUUGGAGCAGGAAGUACUGGCGCAGCGCUGUACACCUGCGCCUGGCAUUUGUUCAAUCCAGAUGUCAGCUGGGACAGAAAGAAUAACCCAGAACCCUGGAACCCACUGGGUCCCAAUGAUCAGUACAAGUUCUACUCAGUGAAUGUAGAUUACAGCAAAUGGAAGAAAGAAGGUCCAGACUUCUAAAUAUCAUGUUUCACUAUAAAGCUGCUUAGAAUGAAGGUCUUCCAGAAGGCAUCUGCACAAUUUUCCACUUAACCAAGAAACGUUUCCCCUCUAA